GUUUGUGGGUAGCUGUUACUUCCUUCAUGCUCGUCUCUUAAAACAGCUGCGUGACAAAGACAGAAGCAGACGGCCGAGACUUUUACUUCGCCCAAAAUGUCCACAGGGAACCAACAUGUGAGAUACAGCAGAGGAGUCCGAGCGGACGGCGGAGAGAAAAACAAAGCGGAGAUCCGAGAGCAUGAAGCCCACGCCACCAGGACUGGGUCACAGAAAACUGGUCGACGUGCUCGAAAGAAACAUUCAGCGGCCAAAAAAAGAGACGUUCGAGUCAUCGCAGCAGUUCUGGGAACCUUUUUUCUGUUCAUGCUGACUUCAACAGGAAUACGCUAUAUCUCAGUGACCGUGCAGAGAGACGAGCUCAGAAUAAAAGUGGAUGAACUAAAUGACAAAAUCACCCAGAUGCAGAUACAAUGCCCAGACUUCUCAGACUUCGAGAACUCAAACACAACUGGUGGUUGGCCUGAUAUUGGAUUUCCAGAUGAUCGACCCGAGGCGACCAAACGAAACGCAACUGAGAGAGGCUCUUUAACCAACAUCACUGAAGUGAACAACACCUCAAACGCGACUGAGAAAGGGAACGGCUGUCCUCCAGGAUGGGUGAAGGUCGGCUGCAGCUGUUAUUAUGAAUACACCAUAGUGUCCGCUUUGCAGAAGAGCAAAGAAGACUGUGAGAAGAAGGGAGGAAAUCUGAUGGUUGUGAAUAGCAUCCAAAAACAGAGAAUACUGAAGGGCGAAACACCUACAGAUGUCCUGCAGUGUGGCUCAGCGACGCCUCCGCCGUGACGGGAGGAGAUCAUGAGAGCGGUCACAUCCUGUCUGAACAGGAUACAAGAACUCGUGUGUGUGUAAACCCGACAAUUAUUGCAAAUAUGGAAAGAAGUUAUUUUUAUUUUCCAAUUUAAUUGACUGAUUGAUCUUCCUGAUGUUUAUUUAUCUGUGCAUUUGUUUUGUUUCAUUUAUUAUUAUUAUUAUUAUCAUUGUUACUAUUGUAUUUAGUUAUUGUUUCUGCAGACAGCUCUUUCUGGAAAAAUGAUUUGAUUGAACUCUGUUUAAAUUAGGGAUUUAAUAAUAAUAAUAAUAAUAAUAAUAAUGAUAAUAAAAAUAAUAAUAAUAAUGAUAAUAAAAAUAAUAAUACUACCUUUUGAAAAAAUAUCUAUAAAAGUGUUUUUGUAAAUUUGCUAUGUAUCAUGAAAUAUGUAUACAGCUUUCUGCAUCCUAAUUAUUUUUGAUCUAUAAAAUACUCCUGAAGUUAUUAAACUGA